CUUGUUGGAAGUUGAAAUUGAAGAGAAAAAUCUUCAUAGUGGACUCUGAGCAGGACAAGUACACAGUGCUGAUGGCAGCGUGUGCUGCUCAUGCUUCAGAGGAAAACAUCUUGAAGACUGUGGAACUACUGCUGUCAAGGAAUGUCGACCCUAACCUUACUUGCAGGAGACAAAUGACUCCGUUGAGGUAUGCAGCUAGAAAAGGCUCUUCUCGUGGUGUUGGUCUUCUUGUUGCUCAUGGAUCACACAUAAAUGCCCAAGAUGAAGAUGGAUGUUCAGCAUUAAUAUGGGCAGCACACCAUGGACACAAAAAUGUCAUUUUUAAGUUGCUGGAGCUUGGAGCUGACAAAAAUCUACAGACUAAGGAUGAGAAGACAGCAGCAGAGCUAGCAAAAAUCAAUAAGCAUUCAGAGAUUUAUAGUUUACUCUCUUUGGCUGUAAAUCCCUCGCAAGGGAAAUACCAUGAAACGAUGAAGCAAGAGGCUAGCUACAAAUUUCUGACAGCUGUCCCUGACCACAGAGUUGGUUUCUAUUCAGCUUUGGAUGACAUGGAAGUAUUUUUACAUGGUCCUGGUCUAGAACACCUAAUAGGAUUAUUGAAGAUAGCACUGCAGUGGGCGCCAACUGAAAGAUACAUUGAAGUCUGCAGAGACAUGGUUUCCAGUGUUGAAAGGUUGGGAGAAGAAGUUGCCAGACUGAAGGACCUCGUGGAGAAGCAUGAACAGAAGAAUGACCCCAGUCAAGCGGUAUUCCCAGAAAAAGCACCCACCUUGGAAAAAAGAUUAGUAAAAAUGGGAGCAAUAACAGUGCUUGCGUUUGUUUUUUUCUUCUUUAUAACUAAGUUAAUGGCAAAGAAAGAGUGACUUUUUUUAGUGCUUUGAAUACUUUUUGGAAAAUUUGGUCGCAUUAUGCUUCUAUUCAGCAUAUGUAACUGAGCUGAAUUCAUAUGAAAAUUACUGGUUUCUCAUCAUAUCAGUAAUAUUUGCAUCCAGUACACACUUCAGUCUAGAAUCAAAAAUAAAAUCUCCUUAUGUAAAAGCGUAUUAAGGUUUUGUUUCUAGUAUAGACAGUUUGUACAGAAUCUCCUCGAAGUUGCUUUUUUGCCACAAGGUUGUAACUAUUACUUACUGAUUACUAGUUUUGUUUUCACUUGCUGUUCAGUUGCUGUCAUAGCUGCUUCCUGCUGUUCACAAACGUAAACAUAAGCAAAUAAUACUGUAUUGUUUAUGUUGCAUGCUCGUAUUUAAAAUGAUCACGAUGGUGGGUUUUGCCUUUUUAAUAUUAAGUAUCAUGAUUUCUAUGUUGAGAAAGAUCUUUUGCAGUACAGAUUCAUAUGAAAAAC